AUGGAGGCCCUGGAGAAAGAAAUGCCAGGAGUAACAAUCAGUGCAAGCACAGUCGACCGCUUGCUGGAUGCCCACUGCUACUCGAUGAAGCUAGUGAUGCACAGGCCCACAGAUUGCAACCGUGAUGAUAUCAAGCACAGCCGCAUGCUGUACGCCCAAUGGCUGCAGUCUGAAAGACUGCGUGUUUGCCGCUUCUAUUUGGAUGAGACUAACUUCAAUAUCUGGUGUUCCAGGAACUUCGGCAGGGCAGCUAAAGGACAACCAGCUGUGCACAUGACCACAACGACAAAGGGACUAGCCACAGCCAUGAUUGCCGUGAGCAGCAAGUCCUUCCUCCUCGCCCUGUUGGUGCUCGCUGUCGUCUGCAGCAUGGCCGCUGCCCAGUUCGGCUUCGGACGAGGAGGCUUCGGAAGAGGCUACGGUGGCUACGGAGGAGGCUUCGGUCGUGGAUACGGAGGAGGCUUCGGCCGCGGCUUCGGCGGAUACGGCCGUGGAUUCGGAGGCUACGGACGCGGAUUCUACGGCUGA